AUGGGCAAUGAUAUUCGGAAAGGCAUUGCAAUUGUCGAUCUCGCCGUUUACAUCCCCCUCAUCGUCACUGUCAUAUUCGUCAUCAUCCGCCAUGGUUUCCAAAAACAACUCGGCUGGAUAUACCUCCUCAUCUUCACGGUAGUCCGCACAGCAGGCGCUGUCAUGGAACUCUUCCACAUCCAUAACACCGACAACAGCACCUACCUCGAAUGGUCCCUCAUCCUCUCCUCAGUCGGCCUCUCACCCCUCCUGCUCGCCUCGCUCGGCCUCCUAAAACGAGUUAUCGACUGUACAUCAACCCACGUCUCAAGCGGCGAACCCAACGUAAUCGUCAGCGCCCUCUCCGAAAGACUGCGCAUCAUAAAACGCUUUUCCAGCAAAGCAACCGCCAACUCCCGCCGUAGUCGCGUCAUCCAGCUCCUACAGCUCCCAACAACCAUCGCGCUCAUCCUCUGCAUCGUCGGCGGCAUGGACGCCACAGGCCUCAAAGACACCAAAUGGGGCAUGGGCAUCUUCAUCGCCAUCUACCUGCUCCUCUGCAUCCUAACCCUCGUCUCCGUCUUCGAGAUCCGCAAGACUGUCUCCGGCGAACGCAGAGUCCUGCUCGCGGUCCUCAUCGCGCUGCCACUCAUCGGCUCGCGCUUGCUCUGGAGCGUGCUGUGCACUUUUAAGGGCGGCAAGAUUUUCAAUAUCGAGGAUGGGAGUGCCGUGGUGCAGAUUGCCAUGGCGGAUGUCGAGGAGCUGCUGGUGGUGUUCAUGUAUGUCGUUGCUGGCCUAAGUGUUGGCAAGUAUGAUGAGCGCGAGGUGAGCAGACAGAGGGCUAAGGAUAAUGUGUAUGCGCCUCAGUCGUUUGACGGUCGAGUGGAUCCUAGAGAUGGUGCUAUGGCUGCUUGGCCGCAUCCACCUGUGCAGGCGAGGAGGAAUGAUGAGGGGUACAAUGGCGGGUAUGCUCAAGGGUACAACGGGGGUUACGCUCAGUAG